CCAGAACCUGAGAUAGAUACUACAACAUCCGGAACUACAGGUACUGCAUCAGGAACAACAACAACAUCUCAAGGAACCACUUCUCAAUCUGGACAAUAUGAUACAACUACAAGAUCUAGAACUACAACUGCAGGAACUACACCAGAACCUGAGAUAGAUACUACAACAUCCGGAACUACAGGUACUGCAUCAGGAACAACAACAACAUCUCAAGGAACCACUUCUCAAUCUGGACAAUAUAAUACAACUACAAGAUCUGGAACUACAACUACAGGAACUACACCAGAACCUGAGACAUAUACUACAACAUCCGGAACUACAGGUACUGCAUCAGGAACAACAACAACAUCUCAAGGAACCACUUCUCAAUCUGGACAAUAUAAUACAACUACAAGAUCUGGAACUACAACUACAGGAACUACACCAGAACCUGAGAUAGAUACUACAACAUCCGGAACUACAGGUACUGCAUCAGGAACAACAACAUCAUCUCAAGGAACCACUUCUCAAUCUGGACAAUAUGAUACAACUACAAGAUCUAGAACUACAACUGCAGGAACUACACCAGAACCUGAGAUAGAUACUACAACAUCCGGAACUACAGGUACUGCAUCAGGAACAACAACAUCAUCUCAAGGAACCACUUCUCAAUCUGGACAAUAUGAUACAACUACAAGAUCUAGAACUACAACUGCAGGAACUACACCAGAACCUGAGAUAGAUACUACAACAUCCGGAACUACAAGUACUGCAUCAGGAACAACAACAACAUCUCAAGGAACCACUUCUCAAUCUGGACAAUAUAAUACAACUACAAGAUCCGGAACUACAGGAACUACACAAGAACGUGAGAUAUAUACUACAACAUCCGGAACUACAGGUACUGCAUCAGGAACAACAACAACAUCUCAAGGAACCACUUCUCAAUCUGGACAAUAUAAUACAACUACAAGAUCUGGAACUACAACUACAGGAACUACGCCAGAACCUGAGAUAGAUACUACAACAUCCGGAACUACAGGUACUGCAUCAGGAACAACAACAACAUCUCAAGGAACCACUUCUCAAUCUGGACAAUAUGAUACAACUACAAGAUCUAGAACUACAACUGCAGGAACUACACCAGAACCUGAGAUAGAUACUACAACAUCCGGAACUACAAGUACUGCAUCAGGAACAACAACAACAUCUCAAGGAACCACUUCUCAAUCUGGACAAUAUAAUACAACUACAAGAUCCGGAACUACAGGAACUACACAAGAACGUGAGAUAUAUACUACAACAUCCGGAACCACGAAAUCAGCUUCGAUGUCCACGACCACUGAGCACAUAGGCGUGACCACUGGUGGUCUCUCUUCUACCGUCACCCCUACUUCCGGGAACCUUGUCUCCUCUACUCAUACCAGGUCCUCGGAAACAUCUCCACAGUCGACUGUUUCCCAGAUGGCCUCCUCAACUGUGCCCACCGAGAGGACUACGUCAACUUCUAAACCGCAGGAAUCUACGAGUUCUGCAGCUUCCACAGAGACGAGCUCCGAGCCAAGCGCCUCUACGAGCCCCACAACGGAUGACUGCGUGACCGUACCUCCAUCAAUAGCUUCAAGGAUCAAUGCUUUCAACGCCGAGUUAUCCCAGUUAAGCAUUAAGAUCGAAGAAGUUACCACUGAGUUGAUCAAGUGCUCAGGUGAUAGAGAGAAGCUGGACGAAGUGAAAAUUCUCUCGUCGAACCUCCAAACUCUUCUUCAGGAGUUAAACGACAUUGAGGCAGAGCUAGAGAGUCUACUGGGAUCACGCCGCAGAUUCCUUCUGUCUUCCUCCUUACUGACUCUCCUCAACACAGCGAGCACCAGGGCCGGAGUCAUGUGUGCCAAUAGCGAGAAGAGCCUGACGGAGUCCCUGGAAGGCCUGACCGAAGCCCUGACCUCCCUGACAGCAGACCCCAGCAACGACCAGCUCCAGCAGGAGGUCACCUGCAGCGCCCACAGGACCCUCGCUGCCUUCUCCCAGGUGGUUCGCGGCAACAACCAGCUGAGUAGUAGCGAACGAGAGAAGGUCAAGGCUCUUCUACACCACCUGAACGACCACAAGAUGAAGGAGGUCACUGCACUCCUCUCCCAGCACGAGGACGCCAACGUCGCUAAGAAGAUGCAACUGGAGAAGGAGUUGGAGGAGCUGGUAAGCCGCAAGAGGGAGGUGGAGGAAGCUCUCAGGCAGGCCGACGCAGCUGCUCCUGCUGCUCCUGCUGGUGUACCUGCUGCUCCUGCUGGUGUACCUGCUGCAGCGGUGCCGGCCUAAGGUAGUGGCAUGAGCGUUGUGCACUAGCUACCACCGCCCCUGACGACCCAACACUUGCUUUCUAUAAAUUGCACCCGCUGAGUGAAUCAGGCUAGACGCACCUGCUGAGUGCAUCAGGUUAGACGCACCUGCUGAGUGCAUCAGGCUAGACGCACCUGCUGAGUGCAUCAGGUUAGACGCACCUGCUGAGUGCAUCAGGCUAGACGCACCUGCUGAGUGCAUCAGGCUAGACGCACCUGCUGAGUGCAUCAGGCUAGACGCACCUGCUGAGUGCAUCAGGUUAGACGCACCUGCUGAGUGCACCAGGCUAGACGCACCUGCUGAGUGCAUCAGGCUAGACGCACCUGCUGAGUGCACCAAGCUAUACUGGACCAAAGAUGAGCUCUCGUAAACACUCACAUCUAAAGUACAGUACGCAUAGCGCGAAAAAGCAGAGUACUCAGAAUUGCAACAAAGAGUACUCUCAGAUCUGCGUGAGUACUGUGUGUAUAGUGCACCAUAGCAUUAGAAAGGGCCCCAGCCUCUGUUUGGAAGAAGGAACAAAGACUGUUGGUUCCUCCGAAUAUUCCAGCCUAACGUUUACGGAAGACCUAAGACCUCAUUCAUACUUUCAAUGAGGACUUAAGUCCUCAUAUUCAGCCCAUCCUCCUGUUUUGGCAGUACUUAUAGUAACGAUGAGGACCAUAGUACAUAUACAGACGU